CUUGAGCAUCGCGUCAGUCUGACAUGCAGAGGCAUCUGUGCCAAGUCAGCAGUGACUCAGAUGAAGAACAACAGCAACAAUCUUGAGCAGCUUUCACGGCAAAGGGCAAAACCUGAGCUCGGCGUGACGUCAAGUUUCACAUGACAUUAGCUUGAAUCGCCCUCGGGUGAAAGUUUAUUUCCACUGGUUUGCGUAACACAGACAAACAUGAAUGAAGCGGUGAAUGGAAGGAGGGAAUGAAUAACAGCAGCUAGAUGUAGGUGAAAAUUAUGAGCAGCUGUGCACUUUUUUUUUUUUUUUUUACUUGGCAUGUGCAAUGGGUAGGCACUAGGACCUGCGGUAACACAGGAGGGAGGGAGCAGCGAUGGGACUCCACUUACUAAACUUUUAGAACAAUCCAUUUCCCAAGGACUGUGGGAAGGAGGCAGACAGAAGUGGAUGGUCAAAGACCUGGAUUCACAGCUGUAAAAGCAGGAGCAGGAUUUGGACUUUGGGAUAAUUCUACUCCAGGCCUGAAGAGAGUGAGGUGGAAUAUAUCAGAUUUUAUCUGGAAUCUUUCACUCACUGGAGAGAGAAAAGAGGAAGAUUUACCAGGGAGGGAGAGCUGUGAUUCAGGGGGUCCAGAUGGCAGGUAUGAGGGGCCCGGCCUGCACUGGAGUCUGGCUCUAGAGUCCACAGGGGCUCCCACUUUAACUGGACACAUUCCACAGGACGUGUGCCCAUGAGGUCGUCACUACUGGUCCUGCUCCUACUGAUUGGCGUCCAGGCUGUACUGAACAUGGGAGGUGGAUUGGCCCAGAGUGCCGGGGCAGCCAACCACAAAGUAGGACAGCAGAUGGGAGCCAAUCACAGAGCAGGACAGCGUCAUUCAGUAGCUGGGGACCACCUUUCUGAACACCAGUCUUCACAAGACCAUCAAAAGACCAGCCACCACAGGACCAAGAGGCCCCAUCGAGCAACUUCCUACACCAAAGACAGGAGCCCUGCCAUCAGGCACUCUCCAUCAAACACCCCCCCCGACCCCUCCAUCCCAGUAGUGGACCCCAAGCUCUUCUCCAAGAGACGUUACCGCCCUUCACCCCGUGUUGUCUUCAGCGAGGUGGCCCCAUCACAUGAUGCGCUGGAAGCUGAGGACUAUGACUCUGAAGGGACGAGGGGGCUGAGGGUCAGGCGCAGAGCAGGAUCGCACACCAUGCACAGAGGCGAGUACUCGGUGUGCGACAGCAUAAAUACCUGGGUGGGCAACCUAACGCGAGCCACAGACAUAGCUGGGAACGAGGUGACGGUACUGCCCAACGUUACAAUCAACAAUGUGGUGAAGAAACAAUUCUUCUAUGAGACCACCUGUCGAUCACCCACGCACAGGGGCUCCGGCACUGCAAACGGGGGGAGGUCAGGGGGGCGUGGUGGUAAACAGGGCUCCAAGUCAGGCAACUCUGGCUGCCUCGGAAUCGACAGCCGCCACUGGAACUCCUAUUGCACCAACACACACAUAUUUGUAAGUGCCCUGACCAUCUUCGAGGAACGGACAGCUUGGCGUUUUAUCCGCAUCAACGCUGCGUGUGUGUGUGUUCUCAGCCGGAAGUCUUGGGCGGGAAGACUGGGGCACUGACUGAGGAGGACGACUCCUGACCACUGAACUAUGAACCAAGCACACAUAUUCCUCUUAAACAGCCACUGCAGCAUUAUUGCCAAUACUGUAACUCUCUUCACAACCUCAAAGCAUACACAUUACACACCAACACAAAUGUAGACCAUAGCAUUCAAACCAGUUGCACUUACACUUACACACACAUCAUCUAUCCAACCCUUUGGCCCCUGACCCUACCUCAGUCCAAGAAGUCCUGGUUGGUUUAAGUUAUGAGGACUGCAUGUUAUAUUUAUGAUUUAUACAGUCAAUAUGAAAAUAUUUACAGUAUGUGUAUAUAUAAAUAUAUAUAAAUUGAAAUCAAGCUUUUAAUGUUGUUAUUGUUGUGUUGUUCAAGCUGUUAUUUAUUAAACACCUCAGUACUUGC